AUGGGACCAAAGAAGCCAUUGCCAGGAGCGUCUGUGAAGAAGAAACCCAAGGAUCAUUCGAAGAGCGCUGCGGUACCGAAUGGAGAUGGUCAUGACAAGGAUUCACGAGGUAGCGGCGCAGGAGGCGGUGCAGGUGCAGGAGGUGCUGGGAGUGGAGCAGCGGACGGGUCUCUUUCAGGUGCCGGACAGGAAAACGACGAGAUGGAUGCAUAUCACGAACCAGUGAAGAGAGUCGUCAUCCCUGAUAACCAACUGAAGUUGUCAUCACAGGAGCUGAACGAGGAAUUCUCACGCGUGCUGACGGCGAACGACCCGAACGUGCCUAACAAUAUUACUAAGUACAACUACAAGGAGCGGACAUACAAAGUGGACCCGCCUGGCCCAGGGGACCAUCUGUACGUUCACUUAUGCUGCGAUGGAAGUAUGAUACACAAGGAGUCGGAAGAUGCCAAGACGCAAGCUGCUUUCGAUCAAAAGUGCGCAGAGGAAGAGAAAGAAGCGCGGGAGCUAAGUAUCAGACUGGCGAAAGAGGAAGCAGAGGCUAAAGGAGAGAAGAUUGACGAAGCAGCGUUGCAAUUCGAGUCAGGAAAGAAUCAGUUCAAUUACAGCGAGCGUGCGGCGCAGACAUACACGAAUCCAUUGCGAAAACGUGCGGUGGAGACGGAACCCCCGCCGGUAGUGAGCUUUAUGGCCACGGUAACACAAUGGGAGAUCUACGACACGUUCAUGGACGCCUACGAGCAGCAUCAGCGUGAGCAGCUCCAGCUUCAAAAGGUAGCACAAAAGAAAGACAAGGACGAGAAGGACGGCGCAGGUGCAGCAGCAGGAGGUGCGGAGCUAUUGGCAGCAGCACCGACAGCAGCAGCGGGAGGUGGUGGCGCAAGUGGUGGAGGUAAAGGAAAAGGCGAUGACAUGGUGCACUCAGCAGCGAUGGGUAAGACCCUCCGCAUCAUCGAGCGCAUGGUGAACCAGAACGCUGACGACGAGAUUUUCCACGACUUCAAGUAUUGGGAGGACGCAAGCGACCAGUUCCGCGAAGGAGAAGGCUCCCUGCUGCCGUUGUGGCGUUUCUCUAGUGAUCGAGCUAAGAAGAAACAAGUGACUGCAGUUUGCUGGAACCCUCGCUUCGGCGAUCUGUUCGCUAUUGGCUUUGGAUCGUACGAUUUCCUCAAACAAGGCAGUGGCGUAGUGUGCUGCUACUCGCUCAAGAACGCAUCCCAUCCUGAGUUUACAUUCACAACGGAAUCGGGUGUCAUGUGUCUAGACUUCCACCCUCAACAUGCUGCAUUGCUAGCUGUGGGGUGUUAUGAUGGCACGGUGCUUGUGUACGAUGUGCGCAGCAAAACGAACCGUCCCAUUUACGUGGCUACCAUUAAGACGGGUAAACACACGGACCCGGUUUGGCAAGUGAAUUGGCAAGAGGAAGAUCUCGCGAAGGAGCUGAACUUCUACUCGAUCUCAUCGGACGGUCGAGUAGCCAAUUGGAUAUUGAGCAAGAAUGAACUCAAGAUGGAGCCUGUAAUGCAGCUCAAGCUAGUCGCAGCGGCCAAGGACGAUCCUGAAGAAGCGUCCUUAUCUGGUCUUGCAGGUGGAUGUUGUUUUGACUUUAACCGCUUCAGUGAGCACCUUUUCAUUGUCGGUACGGAGGAAGGCAAGCUUCACAAGUGCUCGAAAGCGUACUCUGGACAGUAUCUCGAGACGUAUGCAGGGCACCACAUGGCAGUGUAUGCUGUGCGCUGGAAUCCCUUCCACGAGCGAGCAUUCCUGUCUUGUAGCGCCGAUUGGACCGUGAAGCUAUGGGAUCAUAAUCUACCGGAGCCUAUCAUGUCUUUUGACCUGGGAAAUGCUGUUGGCGACGUGGCGUGGGCUCCGUACUCGUCUACCGUGUUCGCUGCAGUUACAAGCGACGGAAAAGUACACGUGUUCGACUUGGCGGAGAACAAGAACGAGCCUCUGUGUGAGCAGAAGGUUGUAAAGCGAGCCAAGCUCACACACUUGGCCUUCAACUCGCAGGACCCCAUUGUGCUUGUUGGAGACGACCGCGGCGGUGUGAAUUCACUGAAGCUUUCGCCCAAUUUGCGCAAGAUCGUUGGGUCCGGAGAAGAGGAUGGUGGACCUGCUACUAAUGGAACUCCGGCAGGGGGCGAGGCAGGCGUUAGUACAACCGCCGAGCUGCGAAACGUCAAGGCGCGGUUCAAGAAAGAGUUCGAGAAGAUUGACAAGCUGUUGAGCGCAAAUGAUAACAAGGUAGAGCGGUAA